UGUGUGACCUGUACAUAGCCUCAAGGGACUUGUUCUCAUCACACAUGCUUCUAGCAACCAGUCAACCACCAUGAAGACCUGUUUUUGGAGACUGCCUCCCUGGAGUUCAGGCGUCCUGCUUUUGGCUGUGUUGGCUCUGUCCUUCAUCCUGCCCUCCUUCAUGAAGGAGCCUCGCACAAAGCCUUCCAGGUAUCAGUUUAUAGAGAAGAACAAAGAAAAUCCUCAGGAGAUGCUACAAAAGGCCAUACCCCACAGACCCAUCAUGGAGCUGCCACUGAGAGUUCGAGACAAGGAGACGACCUCUGUCAGGACAGAGGAGCUGGGCCUGCAGAAUCAGGACAGUGAGGCAGCCAGAGGAGACGGGGAAGAGAAGAGGAAGGAGAUGACCACAUGGACAGCAUUGGGGAAACAUCAGAGCAUGACAGAGCCUGCAGCAAAGACACUUGUUCCAGAAAGUCAGGGUAAAAUAUUGACAGCCACAGGAGCACUGUUUACAAGGCUGAAAAAGAAACUGAUGGCCACAGGAGCUGUUCCAGCCAAGGACAAGGAGGGCCAGGCCAACCCAUCCCCUGCCUCUUCCCCCCACCCCACCACACAAAGAGGCCAAAGGCUGAAGGCCUCCAACUUCAAGUCUGAGCCUCAGUGGGAUUUUGAGGAAGAAUACAGCUUGGAUGUGGGGGGCCUGCAGACGACCUGCCCCGACUCUUUGAAGAUCAGGGCCUCCAAGUCACCGUGGCUACAGAAUAUCUUUCUGCCCAACCUCACUCUCUUCCUGGACUCUGGACACUUCACUCAGAGCGAGUGGGACCGUCUAGAGCACUUUGCACCCCCUUUUGGCUUCAUGGAGCUCAAUCAGUCCUUGGUAGAGAAGGUGGUGACCCGCUUCCCUCCGGUACCCCAGCAGCAGCUGCUCCUGGCCAACCUCCCCUCAGGGAACUCCAGCUGCAUCACCUGUGCUGUGGUGGGCAAUGGGGGCAUCCUGAAUGAUUCACACGUGGGCCAGGAGAUAGACAGCCAUGACUACGUUUUCCGGCUGAGUGGAGCUGUUAUUAAAGGAUAUGAACAGGAUGUGGGGACCCGGACAUCCUUCUACGGCUUCACUGCCUUCUCCCUGGUCCAGUCAAUCCUCACACUGGGUCGUCGAGGUUUCCAGCAUGUGCCUCUGGGGAAGGAUGUACGGUAUCUACACUUCCUGGAAGGCACCCGGGACUAUGAGUGGCUAGAAGCGAUGUUUUUGAAUCAGACCCUGGCAAAAACCAAACUUUCCUGGUUCAGGCACAGGCCCCAGGACGCUUUCCGGGAUGCCUUGGACAUGGACAGAUACCUGUUGCUACAUCCAGACUUUAUCCGUUACAUGAAGAACAGGUUUCUGAGGUCAAAGACCCUGGACACUGCCCACUGGAGAAUAUACCGUCCCACCACCGGAGCCCUCCUGCUCCUUACAGCCCUUCAUCUCUGUGACAAGGUGAGUGCCUAUGGCUUCAUCACCCAGGGCCACGAGCGUUUUUCUGAUCAUUACUAUGAUAAAUUGUGGAAACGGCUGAUCUUUUACAUAAACCAUGACUUCAAGUUAGAGAGAACAGUCUGGAAGCGGCUGCAUGAUGAAGGCAUCAUCCGCCUCUACCAGCGUCCAGAAAAUCCAAAAGAAAAGAACUGACCAGCUAGGCUUCAGGAGUCUCCUGGGUCACCAGCGGCACAGGGUGUAAGGAUUCCACAGAUGUCCCCAUGCAUCUCCCAGGACUCAAACCUGCUCCAAGCCCUUCGAGAGUCCCAAGGACCAGCUGCGCAGAGACCGAGGGUUUGGAGUCCUCCGGAAAGUCACUGCAGGCUCUGGGGGUUUCUUGCUCAAACCUCACACUUAGAAUUUGAGCCAAACCCCGAACAAUUCAUUUGACGUUAUGUUACUUUUCAAACUCUGUCUUCAGGAUUUUGGACUCUGGAACCCAAAACGACACUAAGGAACAGAUUGAGGCGCUGGGUAGUGGUUGGAAGAAACAAAACAAAACAAAACAAAAAACAAAAACAAAACAAAACAAAACAAAACAAAAAACACCAACAACAAAAUCUUCAUUUAGAUGUAAUGCCCCAGUUGGGUACCAAAGGGCCUGCGAUUUGCCCAAAUAGUGCAGUAGCGGCUCCAGCCGACAGGGGGCGGCAGCUGAGCGUCCGAGCGCGGAUUGCCUCUCCUUGCGGUGGGAAGAGAAGUCUUGGUGAAAUUUGGGAUGGACAGAGUCGAUUGGCACUGUUCUGGAGUGCUUUGCCGGGGCAGCGCUCUGCCGGGGCAGCGCUUCGGAAGAGUGGAGCCGGCCCAGCACUCCAAAGCACAAUCGGGUGCAGGGCUGAGCACGAUGAAGUUGUGGAGGGCAAUGCAAACUUCGAGGGCAGCCCGAGGUGCAGCUGGGAGGACGCGCAGGAUUGCCCAGAGGUGGCCUCAGGGGAGGCUAGCUGAAGGGUGCGUCUGCCCGGGGUCGCCCCUUUCCCUGCGCCCUGUUCUGGACAGCUCUGGGACUAGCACGCGGUGCUGGGAGAGGGUGCUGCAGCCACCACCACAGCCUCUUCUCUGGUCUGGAGAGUGACAGUUGUUGUCCCCGCUGCCCUAUCACCACAGCUUUGCAGGGGUGGCCACCACCUGCAGUCAGAGCAGAGAAAACAGGGUUUGAGGGAGGGCCUUUGCCCAAGUCCCUCCCACGUCCAAGUCGGCCCCAAGUCAACUCGGCCUAGCUUAGCCUCUUUUUGUGGCUUCCCUCUGCCUACAUCAUACAACAUACAGUUAACCCACUCUGGAGGGAGCAGGCAAGAGAAUUGGAAGAGAGAGGCUUGGAAUGGUGCAAGCUCGCCUAGCAGGCACAACUCCUGUGUCCCAAUCCAAGACCAAAAGGAAACAAAUUUACU